AUGAUUCUUGAAGAUGAAGGAAGAGCGAUAUGCCGAUACAAUGUAAACGAAGUUUUGCCAAAUGUCGAAGGUGUAGCCAUCGGUACACAAGAGUAUAUGGCAAAUAGAAAAGAAUUACAUGAUCAUGACAUUCAUCAUGCCCUUCUUGUGAAUUUGGUAGAACACGUUUAUAGAGCUCAUAUACAGUCCCAGACAGAGUAUCAACACAAUAUUUGUUUGACGAAUCAGAUGAAGAUUCAGAUAUGUUCGUCAAGGACUUGGGAGAGGAUUCAGUUGACAAUGACGAGGACGACGAUUAUGAGUGAUAUAUUUUAUUUUUCAAAUUCGGAUAUUAUGUAA